GUUUCGGGGGGGGGCACAUGGCGGCAUGGGGGGGCUCGGUGCUGGAGCCGGGCUGGCUCCUCUCCCCCGCCGGCCGCCCCUACCUGGACUCCAUCUUUCCCAAGAACCAACGGAGAGUGUUCGGUCUGCUGGAGCGCCCAGCGCUGCCCCCCAACUUGGCCGUCCCCACCGUCACCUACAAACUCUUCCUCUCCGGCAAGAGCGGCGUCGGCAAGACGGCCUUGGUGGCCACGCUGGCGGGGACCCCCGUGCCCCCCAUCCACCACGAGACCCUGGGCAUAGAGGCCACCACCGUCUACUGGCCGGCCAAGCUGCGGGCCAGCGGUCGCCCCGUCAUCUUCCAGCUCCAGUUUUGGGAUUGCGGGGACGGCGCCCUGAAAAAAUUUGAGCAUCUCCUGCCCGCUUGUAAGGAGGAAGCGGAUGCCGUCCUUUUUCUCUUCUCCUUCACCGAUCGCUCAUCCUUCGAGGAGCUGCCAGCCCAGAUGAGCCGGGUGGUCGGUCCCGACGAAGAAAACCUCGUUAGGGUGGUCGUCGGCACCAAAUUCGACCUGUCCCCGCAGGCAGACGUGACGGAGGGGGACGUGACGGCCUUUGAGGAGACCUGGGGGCUGCCGGUGCUACGAGCGGGCAGCGGGCCGGGGGCCAGGGGGGGACGCGAGGGGCUGGCCCGGGUCGCCCCCCUCCUCGACGCUUUGGUCGAGAGGCUCUGGUGUCGGGACCAAAUCGCCGCCGGCGUCGCCCCGGGGGGCGAGGGGUCCCCCCCUGCCUGAACCCCCUAUUGCGGGGUGGGUUUGGGGGGGCCCCUCACUGUGGCCUCUGGCCUCCACCCCCCCCCCUCCGCCAUUAACCAGC